AUGGACGGCUUACAUCAAGCGGUGAAUCUUAUAGAGUCGUUAUACUCACCUCAGCCUCCGAGCAAUGUCAAUGAGAUCCAGCAACAAUUGCAGGCUGUGCAGCGCUCAGAUCAUGGACUUGAACUUGGCUAUCAGCUUCUCUCACAAGAUGCUGCAUCAACUAACGUCCAGUAUUUUGGAGCUUUGACUUUGGCGGUUCAAUUUCAUACAAACAAUUCCACGGACAGGCUUUUGGAUCUUUUGAAAAUGAAUUUAUUCCAUUUAGCUCGAAGAUCGCAACUUUUUAUCUCGAAAUCUCCCCACUAUGAGUCUCGGAUCAUUGUGAUCAAAAAAUUGAUGUCCAAUGCAGCGCAAAUCUUUUUCAGGAUGAAUAAUUUAGACGUCUUGACAAGUCCAUCCUCAUCUCAUGAGUGGAAUAACCCACUAGACACUUUUUGUGCACUUGUAUCGCAUUCGGAGCUUUCCUGGGAAAAUUUCGAUGAGAUCUUUGGGCAUGUAGAGUCCCAAACUAUUCCAUACGAUCGCCUUAUCCAACUUAUUAGCUCUUCCCAAGAGUUCAAUACCUUGGCACUGCUAUUCUCAGAGGUCAUAGUUGAAGAUCUUGUCAAGCAUCAAUCCGUCAAGGUCGGAACUUCAAGACUCCAUGGAGUGGUGCACGAACACUUGUACAUAUCCAGCAUUUCCAUUAUAAACUACAAUCUCCAGCAGUUAGUGGUUGCAUCUCGCAACAACUCUGCAGAACGGCCUCCAGUGGCGGACAAUGUCCUCCAAUGUGUGGCAGCGUGGGUAAACUACACAAUGAUGGUAAGAACCAAAUCUCACGGGCACAUGGAUCUGAGUGAGACCUUCGAAUUAUUGAUUCAACUCAUGUGUUCAUACGACUCGGCGCACAACUUCCCCUAUUCUGAGAAUGUGGUUGCAAUCUUAGGUGAUAUCUUUGGUAACGAUCCCACAAUGUUGAACUAUGAAUUGAGGUCAACUGUGGAGGGGAUCUUCCUGGGGGUUCAAAAAUCUGGAACCAAUAAUGCUGCCGGUCACGAAUGGAUGCUUCAAUACAUGAACCAUCUUGUGGUUAAUGAGAUGCACGAAGAACUCAAAGAGUUGGCUCUUUGCAUUGUGGAUUUUCUGCAGAUCAGUAAUUUGGACGUUUGCAACAAGCUUUUCACUACAAUCUCAAACAAUGAUCCGCAUAAUCUUGAUCAGUACAUCAAAGUAUUGCUACAAAUGACUAAUUUCACGCUUGUUCCUGUUCUGGAGGAGUUUUUUUCAGUAAGAAUGGUGGACUUUUGGCUCGACCUGUGUGAUGGAUACAACAACCUGGUAAGGGAAACGCUCAAACCUGAUACACCAGCUCUGGCAACAAAUUUAUUUAGCCAAGUUGUGCAGAUAUAUUUGCCCAAAAUUCAACUAUCGGUCAAACAAAGAAUAUGUCAGGAAGGAGAGGAUGAAACACUUGUACAUGAGUUCGAUGACUUUAGAAAUGCUGUUUUGGAUUUGAUAGAGUCAAUGUGGGCGGUUCUAGGUAACGAAAAACUGACUGACAUUCUUAUCGUGAGUAUAGGACAAUUGACCCCCACCUCAGAAGACGAACUUUUCCAGAUUGAGGCGAUGAGCUUCUGUCUCGAAAAAUUGCUAGUUGAUAUGAACUUGAAUGAGAGUCCAGUGGUAUGUGGUACUUUAGAUGCUAAUCAGGCUUUUAUCGAUAACGUUCUACUACUAAUCCAGACUGGAUGUCAACAAAAAAGCGCUGCUAACGGUAAGGAGGCUCAACUACUAAGUUGUGAUCUUGUAAAAACUGGGUCGUCUUUGAUGGCCACAAUAGCAAAUUACAUUAAGAAUGAUGACAAACGCCUAGGGACCUGCAUGGAUGUCUUGUUCAAGUCUUUGGAACUAUGUGCAAACGCGGACGCCACGGAUAGCAAAAUUGAGCUUUUUAUAACAAGAUGCAUUACCAAAAUGUGCGAAGUUAGUCGUAAAGAGCUCUCUUCGUACUUACCGACAGUUUUAGCAAUUCAGGAGUCCAUGAUGCAGCAGCGAUCGAACGUAUCCGACUACACCAAGCAGAAGUUCACUUGUUGCGUGGGAUAUUUCAUUCAGGAUUGUAUUAGAGAGGGUCCUGAAAAGCAAGCACAUUAUUUGGCGAAGGUCAUCGGUGCAAUUCGAGACGAGAUCUUGAACAGUGCAAACAAUCGCGAUCAUGUGCUGUGUCUGUUGCUUUGCAUUUCUGAAUUGGCUAGUGCGCUUGUGGUUUCCCCAGAUGUUCUUGAAGACGCUCCAUCUACUCAAUUGGCGCACAGUGAUGAGUACUGGGCAACUGACCCAUACCAAUUGCGCAGUACGACGCUAGACUUGAUGGAAAGUGUUUUGACACAGUAUGGGAACGAUGCCGAAUUCGUGGAACGCUCAUGUCUCAUCAUGGGCAGCCAUCUGGCUACCGCAGAGCCUGGUCCCCACUUUUUGGCGUACUCGAUGCAAGAGCUAAUAGGCUUUUUACUCAAACGCAACGAAGCUUGCGAGCCUACUGUAGCCCUGCCAUAUUUGGUCUAUCUACUGGAAUUGGUUGUGCACAGAUAUGCAAGCGCACUAGCAGCGACAGAUUUCGACUACCUCUUUGGAGAAUUUUUCUUGGGUAUUCACCGCGGCGCUAUAGCGUCCGAUCCCGAUCUCACGCAGCUCAUGAUUACUUUUGUAAGCUCGGUGCUCGAAACUCGUCCUGCGUUGGUUGUUCAUGGCAACCACUGGACCUCAUUUAUCCUUCCCGACUUUGUACGUGCGCUUGGAGUAAAGGAGCGGUUCACGAUCGCUGCUGUAACAAAAUUUUGGACAAAAGUCGUCAACAACAAGCGCUUUUCCCGUGCGGAUGAGGUCACUGUGCGUGCUCAAGUUUGUGAGCUAGGCCCGCAGUUAAUCGCACACACUGUGCAAGCAAUACUGCAUGCCCAGCGCUCUGACUUAGCGUGCUACUCGGACUUUUUACGCGCGCUGGUCGCGCGCUAUCCACUGCAGUCACGACAGUGGCUAGUUCAAGCGCUGCCCGAGCUUGCUGCCCACCAACUUCAGGCAAACCAAGUGUUUGUUGAAAAGUUGUUCGUGACUCGUGGUAGCAGGGCUGCAUCAAAUGCGGUUUUGGAGUGGUGGAUGGCUUGCAACGGACUUCCGCCUCUCACCGGAGCAUCCACCUAA